AUGCAGAAUUAUGCCAGUGCCAAGUUGAACAAGACUGCAACUGAAGGGACAAUUUUUGAACUCUUCGUCUACAUUCCAAGGCGUCAAGCGCCUCAUGUACAACGACUAAGAAGAGCCACUGCCCCUGUAAUUCAACGGAAGAGGGAACCGCUUCGCCAGCAUGCAGCAGCAAACAAUCUACAAAUUGGACCAAUUGCUGAACACCAUUUGGCAACAUUCAAUGUAAGGGCCCCCAAAGGCACAGAGCUUGCGAUCCCGACUGAUGCGACAACCCGCCAAGCCCAAGCACUCGAUCGCGACCAAGCACGAUUGCAGAAUGAGGAUGCUCAGGCUCUAGCCGAUAGCAACAGUGUGUACAGGCCUGUCGAAAUUGAGCUAUUUGGUGGUACCAAGGCCAUGAUUUGUAUGAACAUUGUAUUGCUCCGUCAGGCUCUUUCACUUCCGAACCAUAAAAGCUUCCACCAAGGCAUCUACAAUGAGUAUACACAUCCAGUUCUUCCAGACGGAGCUGACAUGUUGAUGUAG